CUGCCGCCUCCCGGCCCGAGCAUGGAGACAGCGGAGAAGGAGUGCGGCGCCCUGGGCGGGCUCUUCCAGGCCAUAGUCAACGACAUGAAGCAGAGCUCCUACCCCAUCUGGGAGGACUUCAACUCCAAGGCCACAAAGCUACAUUCCCAGCUGAGGACUACUGUGCUGGCUGCUGUGGCCUUCUUGGAUGCCUUCCAGAAAGUGGCUGACAUGGCUACUAACACCAGAGGGGCCACACGGGACAUCGGCUCGGCGCUCACGCGCAUGUGCAUGCGCCACCGCAGCAUCGAGACCAAGCUGCGGCAGUUCACCAACGCACUGCUGGAGAGCCUCAUCAACCCCCUGCAGGAGCGCAUCGAGGACUGGAAGAAGUCGGCCAACCAGCUAGACAAGGACCACGCAAAAGAGUACAAACGGGCUCGGCAUGAGAUCAAGAAGAAGUCCUCAGACACGCUGAAGCUGCAGAAGAAGGCACGCAAAGAGCUACUUGGGAAAGGAGACCUGCAGCCCCAGCUGGACAGUGCCCUGCAAGAUGUCAAUGACAUGUACCUUCUGCUGGAGGAGACGGAGAAGCAGGCAGUGCGCCGGGCACUGAUUGAGGAGCGAGGCCGCUUCUGCACAUUCAUCACCUUCCUGCAGCCUGUGGUGAAUGGAGAGCUGACCAUGCUGGGAGAGAUCACCCACCUGCAGGGCAUCAUCGAUGACCUGGUGGUACUGACCGCAGAGCCCCACAAGCUGCCUCCCGCCAGCGAGCAGGUGAUCAAAGACCUGAAGGGUUCAGACUACAGCUGGUCCUACCAGACCCCCCCCUCAUCACCCAGCAGUUCCAGCUCCCGGAAGUCCAGCAUGUGCAGUGCCCCCAGCAGCAGUAGCAGUGCCAAGGGUGGCGGAGCCCCGUGGCCAGGGGGUGCCCAAACAUACUCACCCAGUUCCACUUGUCGCUACCGCAGCCUGGCGCAGCCAGCCACCGCCACCACCCGCCUCUCCAGCGUCUCCUCCCAUGACUCUGGCUUCGUCUCCCAGGAUGCCACCUACUCCAAGCCCCCCUCGCCCAUGCCUUCAGACAUCACCAGCCAGAAGUCCUCCAGCUCUGCGUCCUCUGAGGCCUCGGAAACCUGCCAGUCCGUUAGCGAGUGCAGCUCCCCCACCUCGGACUGGUCCAAGGCCGGCCCUCACGAGCAGCCGUCAGUCACCACCCUGCAGCGGAGGAAGGACCGGGUGGAACUCCUUCGAGACACAGAGCCAGGCCCUGCCAGCGGGGGCACCAUGGGCCCCAGUGGGGAGGAGGUGCCGCGACCCCGGAUGUCCCCUGCCACCAUCGCAGCCAAGCACGGUGAGGAGGUGUCCCCUGCAGCCAGUGACCUGGCUAUGGUGCUGACCCGGGGCCUGAGUCUUGAGCACCAGAAGAGCAGCCGAGACUCACUGCAGUACUCGAGUGGCUAUAGCACGCAGACCACCACUCCCUCAUGCUCCGAGGACACCAUCCCAUCCCAAGGCUCCGACUAUGACUGCUACUCUGUGAACGGGGAUGCAGACAGCGAGGGCCCUCCUGAGUUUGACAAGUCAUCCACCAUCCCGAGAAACAGCAACAUCGCCCAAAACUACCGCCGCCUGAUCCAGACCAAGCGCCCAGCUUCUACCGCUGGGCUGCCCACUGCAGGGCUGCCAACAGCCAGUGGCCUGCCCUCUGGCGCACCCCCCGGCGUGGCCACCAUUCGCCGCACACCCUCCACCAAGCCCACCGUGCGCCGCGCCUUGUCCAGCGCCGGUCCCAUCCCCAUCCGGCCGCCCAUCGUCCCAGUGAAGACACCUACGGUGCCCGACUCCCCCGGCUACGUGGGGCCCACCCGGGCAGGCAGCGAGGAGUGUGUGUUCUACACUGAUGAGGCCGCCUCCCCACUGGCUGCAGACCUCGCCAAGGCCUCCCCAAAGAGACUCAGCCUGCCCAACACGGCCUGGGGCAGCCCAUCCCCAGAGGCAGCCAGCUACCCAGGGGUCGGAGCGGGGUCUGGGCUGGCAGCUGAGGACGAGGAGCAGCAACAGCUGGCUGCAAACCGGCACAGCCUGGUGGAGAAGCUGGGGGAGCUGGUGGCAGGCGCCCAUGCCCUGGGCGAGGGCCAAUUCCCCUUCCCCACCACCCUGUCGGCCACCCUCUCAGAGGAGACACCCACCCCGCCUCCGGCUGCCACCAGUGACCCCCCAGCUGAAGACAUGCUGGUGGCCAUCCGGCGUGGGGUCCGGCUCCGCAGGACCGUCACCAAUGACAGGUCAGCACCCCGCAUUGUAUGAUGGCACCGCCCUCCCCACCCUCUCUGGCCUCCAUGUGAGCAGGUGGCCUGGCCUGUGAGCAGCAGCUGCUCAGAGCGAAGGCACAGCCAAGAGAGAGUGCAGGGCCAGGGAAGAGGCAGAGCCACUCUAUGGAAAGAGACACCAGGCUUGGAUUCCAGCAUUUAAACAGGAGGUGACCUCUUUAACAACCUUGCCAGGACAGAGCCUGUGGGCCUGGGACUGGGCUGGAGCCCAUUUUAUACUUUUCUGUCCCCUUCCUCCGUACAGGCCCUGCCUCUUCCAUACCCCAGUGAGCAUCAGAGCCACAGCCCCUGCCCAUGGGAGAGGGGCCAGCAGGCCUCCCUCUGGCCAUCCCAGCCCCACCUGACCUGGGACCCACAGCAAGGCCACCUGUCCCCGCUGCUUCUCACCCUCACCUGAGUGCCCUCCUUCCCUCUUGCCCUCUCUCUGCCUCCCCAGGUUGCUGUCCACUGGGAGGCAGGGCGGCUGUGGAGGGACCAGGGGCCCAGUCGGCUGAGGUAUCUGUGCAGGUGGAAGUUGGGAGGCCAGGCCCACCAUGGGGAAAGGGAGCCUGGGGGCCCAGGUUGCGUCUCAGGGAGGAAAUGCAGGGGGCUUACCUGAGGGGUUGGGGGCCCUAAGGUGGCUCCCACUGCAGCCUCCCCUCCCCAGGAGGUUGGCUGCAGGGGGCAUGGACAGGGCAGCUCCCCCAGAAAUUAGGACAGCAGGGUAGAGGCCCGAGGCCAGGUCGUCUGGCCAACCUCGGGGCUGUCUUCAGAUGUCUGGUUCUUAUCUGGGCAUGUCGAUACUUUAACUUGGUGGCACUUUCUGGUCAUGGUUUUAGCCACUUUUUGGGGGGGUGAAGGCUGGAGCAGUAGAGGGGGGUGGGAGUUUAUUUUAUGAAAAUAAGAGGGAGGUGACUUUGGACAAGGACUGUGCGUGAGCAAGAUGACAAUACAGGGUGUGUGUCUGGGAAGGCCCCCCAUAGUGGCCAUGGCAGGAAGGGAAGGGUAGAAUUGGCUUCCCCCAAAUGCAGAGGAAGCUGUUGUUCGGGUCCCAGGGGCCCCCAUGUCUGCUGGGUCUGCGCAGGCCACAGGGCCAGGCAGCAGCAAGUCUGGGGAGCUUGGCUUGGACUCUCUGUUGCUAGAGGAGACACCUUCCUAUGGCAUUCCUGCCACAGCUCAGCCUGUCCUGGCUGUGGGGGAAAGGGGAUUUUGCCCUCCCUCCCCAGGUACCAAGUCACGCCAAGUCUCAGCAGGUAAAAGCACGUGCGCCUAAGGCAAGCAGAGGGGUUCUUGGAGGUCCCACAGGUCAGGAGAGAAAGCAGCGGGGCUUGGAGGAAUACAGGCCACAGGGCCUAGCCCCCCUCGGGUCAGGAAACCAGACUGUCCUGGGUCCAUAUAGAGUAAGGUCGUAUUGUUCCCAGGCUGAACGUCCUACGAGUUCUGUGCCAUGAACUAGGGUCCUGGCAGGGUGACAGAUGGGUCUGGGGCACCAAGGAUGCCCCAGCAGGCAGAGAGCUCCAGCAGACAAUGCUGACAGAGAACAGGCCCUACCUAUCAUUGGGUUCAAGUGCACAGCCCACCAAGCUCAGGCUGAUGCUAGAGCCCCAGUUUAGGGGCAGUAGAGCAGGUGACCAGUUGGGGGAGCUCUGGGAGGGGAUUUCCACUGAGGGGUUGCCCAGAUGGGUGGAUGGAGCAGGAUGUAAGAUGUGUGGUGGGAACAGUGAGGCGCAGGGGGGGCAGGAGGUGGCACCACAGUAGUAGGGGGACACCCUGGGCUUCAGAGGUCCUGAUGGGAGGGGGCUUCCAGGGAGGGGCAGGCGUGACAGUACCCCGCACCUCCCCAGACCUGGGGCUGUACAUACUCCCCACUCUCUAACCUGCUGUCCCCACACUGACCUGCCCCUCCACCACCUUCUCCUGGAUUUAGCGACCCCCCCACCCCCCGGGAUCCAAGCCAACCAUCCUUUGUCACAAACUUUGGUUUGGGGGACCUCUUUACGUUCAUUUCAUUUUUCAUUUUGUACAGAGAAAUUCUUUUCAAAAGCAUCUUUUGACUGAAGUAACUUUUCUGGUGCUGUUAACUUGUUCCUUUUUUUAAUUUAUUUUCCAAGCCCUGGCCACCCCUCCUGCUCCCUACUCACCCUUUCUCCUCUCCCUCCUCUAAACCCUCUCCACCCUCUGUCCCAUUCCCAUCUGAACCAUUUUGUUUCUUUUCUGUCAGUUUUUGGAUAAAUUUUCCUUCCCACCCCACCCCCUCCACUCCAUCCUUCCCUUGAUUUAAAUAGUCACUGCUACAAGUAACAAAUGCACUGUGAAGAUCCCAGUAUUAAUAAAGUCGUACUGUAAUUAAC